AACCGGGCAACGGAUGGAAGGAUGGUGCAGAUAUUCAUCUCCAGAGGUUCUGAGAAGGGCCGUGUUUAGCAACUUCGUGGAAGUUAACUUCAGUGGGGAGAAGCACCAGAUGGGGGGGGCUUCUUCCAGGGGGUUGCGGAAGUCCCAUUCUGGCCCUCUGCCCCCUCUUCUCUCUUCCCCCUCUCCCUUCUCAGUGCAGGUUUCCCACUCCCCUUCUGUUGCUCUUUAGUUUGACUUUGGGGGGGACUGUGUCGACUUUGGGCGGAACGGAAAACUUCACCUGAGCUCCGAGCGGAGGAGACGAAGAGCUCCAGAGUCAGGCAAGACAACCGUGGGCGGCGCUUUCAAUCUCUGGGUGCAAAGCGAGGUCUUCAGUCGUAGGUGCGAAGGGGCGUGUGGUCGGAGGGCGAUGCCCCUGCCCCGAGCGCCCUUCUGGCUCCUGUGGGCUGGGCUGAGCUCUUUCGUGCCGGGCAGCCGCUGCGGUUCCUCCAGGCACUCCCUGUCCUAUUCCUACCUGAAGGUGUCAGAGUCCAGCCAGAGGCUGCCCCAGUUCAGCUACAUGGUCAACCUGGAUGACCAGCCCAUCGCUCGAUAUAACUUUUCCACCGGGAACAUGGUUCCUCUGGUGCCCUGGAUGGAGGUGGAGGAGGCAAACACAAUUGUGGUACCUGAGAUGGUGUUCACAGCUGACCUGGAGUGGUUAUCAAAACUCAACCCCGGGACUGGAGAGCUUCACACCUGGCAGGUGGUUUUGGGCUGUGAGCUCAGAGAAGAUGGGAGCAAAGGAGGGUUUUUCCGCUAUGGCUACAAUGGGGAGGACUUCAUCAGCUUCCACAAGGAGACCCCCGGAUGGGUGACAGCUCAGCCCCAGGCCCAGAAGGUUAAGGAGAAGUGGGAGAAGGAUCCAGCGAGGUCUGAGAGAAUCAAAUUCUUCCUGGAGAAUAACUGCCUUGAGUGGCUACAGAAAUGCCUCUCCUACCAGAUGGAGGUUGUGAAGAAGACAGAGCCCCCAGUGGGGAAAGUGACCCACAAGGUGAUCAAUGACAGCCUGGAGGUCCUCAUCUGCCAGGCCUUUGGCUUCUACCCCAAGGAGAUCCGGGCCACUUGGAGGAGGAAAAGAGAGGUGGUCAAAUACAAGACCCUCCAUAGGAAUGUGGCCCCCAACUCAGACGGGACCUAUUAUGUCUGGCUCAGAAUUGAGAUCAACCCCAAAGAGAGGAACCAUUUUCAGUGUUACUUGGAGCAUGAGGGCUUGAAGGAGCCCCUGGUCUUGGCCUGGAAGGAGGAAGGAGGUACAAAGUGGUGGAUCACCGUCAUAAUUGUGGCUGCCAUAACCAUGGUACUUUUGAUUCUCUAUCGGAGCUGCAACUGGCUGGGAUGCAGGAAAAUUUUGCAUCGGGAGGACACAAUCUGCUUUAAUCACCGUCAUCUAGAAUAUUCUCCCCUAAUUUAUUGCACAGAAGAUGAGAUUCAGCCACAUGCAAUGCUCCAGCCCAAAUUUACAUCAGAGGAUUGCUGUGGGCAAAAGUCAGAGCUAAGAAAAGGAGAGAGAAGACCUCUGAUGGCUUCCUCGGAUACCUAUUCAGACCACAAAGAAGGACCAGCUCUGGAGAUUUCAGAGUUGGGCCAGGAGGAACAUCUGGAAGAUGCUGCCAAGCAAGGAAUGGAGGAAGGAAUGGAGGAAGAAGUGAGCCCAGGAACCUCAGAGGAACAAGUGGAUAAGCACCUGGUUGGAGAGGAAAGGGGAGAGACACAGCUGCAGCUGAAGGGAUCACAGACCCAGCCAGAAGUUCAGGAUUGAGAAGGAUUGCAGCUGCAGGUGAUCAGGAGGGAUGAGGAGAAACUGCCUCCUCCACCAGAGGACUGAACGGAGGGAGGCGCAGUGGAGGUCGGUGAGGCUACUACGUCACAAGGAGCCAUUUUCCUCAGUCAGUGGGGGUUGCCUAAUGAGUCAGGGCACACAGUCAUCGCUGAUGGAUUGAAGAGGGUUGGCUGCAGGUGGGAGGAGACAAAGUCGUGACGACAUGACAUGCGAUCUCAAUGCUCUGAGAUCACAGUUGCCACUUUUGUCUCUGGGUGGUCCAAACGGACCUAAACCAUCCCG